GCCGUUAAGUUUCCCUCACAAGGAUGAUUGUGUUCUUUUUUUCAUCGGUGGACAUCUUGGAUGCAUCCAUGUCAGAAACCCACCGAGGGGACAUACAGAGGGGUGCGCGUGAUACUGGCCACAGAUAAAUGGGUUACUUCUGUCGCGGUGGGGCUUCCUCUGCUUCUCAUCUCCUUUGCCAAGGAAGUGUCCAAGAUUCACAGAUUAGCUGUUUCCCGCCCGCUAACUUCACCCCGCGCCAGGCACUGUACGUCGAUUCUUUCUGCUGGGUUGCUGCUGGAUGGCAAAGUACAGAGAACGGCUACCCUCUGUUGCUGCAUAAGUACUUUCCUUACAUUCUUCUGUUGCUGGCUGUGGUCGUGUACAUUCCCACGCUGUUCUGGCGCUUCACUGCUGCUCCUCAGCUCUCCUCGGACCUCGGCUUCAUCAUGGAGGAGCUGGAGCACUGCUACAACCACGUGAUUCUCCUCGCCUCCAGCGACCCCGACGCCCAGAAAACCGCCAAGGAUUUCUGCAGUAAUCUGCAGGAGGCGGAGGGCUGUGUGAAGUACCCUUUGGCGGAACAGUUUCUGUUAAAAAAAAGGGAAACAUACGCACUGGCGUGGAAGUACCUGCUAUUUCUGCUUCUCACGCUAUCCACGUUAAUCCUGGCUUGCAGCUUUCUGCUGUACUACAUCUUCAACCUGUCUCAGAUUGACCACUUCUCCUGUGAAUUGCACACUGGUGUUGUCCUGAAUCGGAGCGCGUACCCUCCGGUGCCAUGUAAGCUGGUGUCCGUGGGCGUGUUCCAAGUCUUCAGCUGCGUUAAUGUCUGUGUGUACAUGAUCCUCCUCGUGUUUUUAGUGAUCCACACAGCAUGCCUAUGUGCCUGGCCGAGGCAGCAAAGGCAGUUGCUACAACCAUACGAGCGCCUGCCUGCCUUCAGCUGCGCCCAGGGCCUGUCUGACAACUUUAGCCGCUUUGAGGAUCUCAGCAUCUACCUGCUGUUCCUAGAGGAGAACCUGAGUGAGCUCAAGAGCUUUAAAUAUGUGCAGGUAUUGGACUCACUGAUUGUGGGAGAGACUGCUGGCUAUUCUGUCCUGCUGGGCCACUUGAGCCCUCUUGGACAAUUGAGGACCACCACCAGUGGGGUGGAGAAAAAGUGAAAGCCUGAGGGUCAGAUGAAGCAGUGGUGCUCAGUCUGUCUUUUAGUGUUCCCCUGAAAGCCUCAGACUCCUGUUCUUGUCUUACGGGUGUGGAACCUGAUGUAGUCUACUGCUGUUGUAGUUCAUCCACCUCAAUGUUUGAUGUGUUUUGCAUUAUGAGAUGCUUUUCUGCUCACGACAGUUGUAAAGUGUGAUUGAGUUAAUACAGAUUUCCUGUCAGCUCAAACCAGUCUGCUCAUUCUCCUCUGAUCUCUCUCAUCAACAUGGUGUUUCAGCGUGUAGGCCCUCCACUGACGGGAUGUUUUUUGGUUUUCGCACCACUCUGUGUAAACUCUAGAGACUGCCGUGAGUGAAAAUCCCAUGAGAUCAGCAGUUUCUGAAAAACUCAAAGCAGACCAGCACCAACAAACAUGCCAUGGUUAAAGACAUAGAGAUCACACUGCCACAAGGUGGAUAUUUCUGCCCAGUGUUCGAGUUUCGUAGUUCUUUGCGUCUGAAGAGCAAGAGGUCUAGUAGUGUUUUGAAUAAACAUGAACAUGUUAAACUCUUAUCCAAGACUGGAACAUAAUCAACCCAAGAUGAUGUCUGGGCGAGGGAGGAAAUAUAGAAAAGUGCUUGAGUGUUUUAUCAAGUGUUUUAACCGCUUAAACGACGGUUUGUUGGCACAUGCAUUAACUUUCAUUCGUUUGAUUUUGUUUAGUAUUUUGCUGUAUAAGAAAUAAACUGUGAUGGGGUGGUUUUGUUAUGGUUACUAUUUUACCACCCUGAUGUUUAUUUUUUUCUUCCCACAACUGCAAUUUUUGAUUAAAAAAUGUUAUAUUGCAGAACGACUGAAACCUGUUCACAUACGUUAUAGCAGCUAUGAAUGGUUGUUCCUUCACCCGCUGCCUUUUUCUUUUGAAAGUCAUAAAACAAAUCUGCAAGGCUUACACUCCUCUAUCCUGACUGACACUGGAGACUCCUUCCAUAGGAAUUAAAAUAAUAGUAUCCUACAUAAGUGUUUUUCUUUGUUGUAAA